AAAGCGGCGGACCACGCCGCCUGCGGGGCAGAGCCCCGGGUCCACCCCAGCCGAGGGUCCACCCCAGCCUGCGGCCGAGCACGCGGAGCGGCCUCUUUAAAACCGGAGCAGGCCGCCGGCGAGCCCCGCCCCGGGGCGGCCCCGACACGACACCCGAGCCAGCCGCGGCCCGGCUUCCAGCCCAGCUGCCCGGGCGCCCGCCGAGCCGAGGAGCCGAGCCGGGGCCGCGGUCGGCAUGGCCCAGGCGUUCGUGAGCAGCAGGCUGCAGCCCGGGAAGGUGGUGGUGUUCGUCAAGCCCACCUGCCCCUACUGCCGAAGGGCCCAGGAGCUGCUCGGCGCGCUGCCCCUCCGGCCGGGGGCUCUGGAAUUCGUCGACAUCACGGCCGCGGGCGACACCAGCAGCAUUCAGGACUAUCUGGAAAAGCUCACGGGCGCCAGGACGGUGCCUCGGGUCUUUAUCGGAAGAGACUGUAUCGGUGGCUGCAGCGAUCUGAUAGAAAUGAAUCAGAGUGGGGAACUGUGCAAGCGGCUACAGCAGAUUGGAGCUCUGCAAUAAUUACAGAGCAGACCCCAGGAUGAUAUCCCCCUGAGAGCUGGAUGGCAUUUCAAAUGAUAACCACACUUCCUGGCGGAUGGAUCCGGGGCUAACAGCCACAGCAACCAACUGUUUAUUUAAAAUUCUGAAAUAUGUUAACCAAAAAAAAAAGGGGGGGGGAGUGAGGGGGCUCUGGGCAAAAAUAGCUUUUUGUUCUUUUGAUUCAGUAUUAAAAGUGGACCAACUUGCCCCAAACCACAGGUCUGAGAAAGUUGAUGGGUAUCUUAUGUUUCUUCUCGAUUGGCCCUUUGGGUUCCAAAAGACCAUGACAAGCUAUGGCUUGGGAUUCACUCAGUGACCCAAAAGGUGUCCUUUCUCUUUGGCACGUGUCUCCUCCUGACCGCUCUCCAUAUGCUAGGACUCUUCUACCUCAGAGCCAGUGUUUCUCAACCAAGUUUAUCCCAAGUUGAUCCAAGUUUAGGAUGAAUCUGUAACUGGUUUUCUGCUACUGCCUGAAAGUUACUUUGUUGAAUUUGACUUUAUAGAAUUUGCAUCAUGAAAGCAACAGGUAUUUUGAUAUGCUUUUUCAAGCUACAUGUUUCUCCAGUCAUGAUCCCCACCCCACUCCACCCUAUCUUGAGAAUCUUUGCUCCGAAUCAGUGUUCUUAACCUAGACAACUCAGAGAGCUCCUAGGAAAUGUUCAACAAUUCCAGGAAGGGUCUAGAGGACCCAAUUUGAGAAACACAUGAAAAAUUAAGCGCAGUUGGUCUUCACUUGGUGCCACAGAGAUAGGGGUAUAAGCACAGCUGCUGCCUUCAUGGGGCAUCUCUCUUAUGCACGGUGGUCAUACAGGUAAUCCUCAAUAAGUGUGUCUUAACUUGUUUAGAUUAUGAACAAAAGUAAAAUACAACAUCUAAAAUGUUAUCACAGAAAACUUGCAAACCCCUCUCCCUAGAAUACGUCUAUGAAAGUGGCCAUACUUGAGAGGCGUGGUCCUAAAUGAUUUUCUCUCUCUCUCUCCUUUUUCCCCCUCCACUCUUAUGGUGCAGUUUGUUCUAGAAAUGCAAUAUUAAUUUUGCUGUUCCUAAUGUGAAUGGUUAAAUGAUGGUGAUUUUUGUCUGUUUCUUUUCUAUAUCCUCAAUACCUUAAGGAAUCAUGUUAAUGUGAAGUACACCGCAUUCAAACUGUAUUCAUGUUUGUCCCCUACCAUUAUAAAUAAAGGCACAUGCUAUUUUCCUUCACUGAGUACAAA